UAGCCAUCAUAAAACCGUGUGUCCUAAACCCUAUUUUUAUCCUUAUUUUUCACACCCCUAAAUUUGCUCAGCUCCAUAAUCAAACCAUAUAAAUCUCAACCCAUUCCUUUCAACCCUUCUUCACCUCAAACCCAAAACCAAACCCUUCUUCCUGCCUUUUACAUGCACCGCACCAAUGAAGAUUUUCAACCCUUCUAGUUGCUUUCUACAAAACGUUGUGUGUCCUUUUGACACCAUCUUCAUUAAAACAAUGAAGCUCAACAUCCUUGGUGCUUCUCAUGUCAAACAAUUCCAUUACCUUAGCUGUAAUUGACAGACAGACAGACAGACAAAUAUCUAUAUAUCAAUUCAUUCAUUAACCAACCUUAGAUCGAUCGAUCCAACCCCUUCCAAUGGAACAACAUAGGAAAAGAAACAUUCUGUUCAACAAAUACGAGAUAGGUAAAACUCUAGGGCAAGGAAAUUUCGCAAAAGUGUAUCAUGGAAGAAACAUAGCCACAAACGAAAACGUGGCUAUCAAAGUUAUCAAAAAAGAAAAGCUCAAGAAAGAGAGGCUGAUGAAACAAAUCAAACGUGAAGUUUCCGUGAUGCGUCUCGUUCGUCAUCCACAUAUUGUUGAGCUUAAAGAAGUAAUGGCUAACAAGGCUAAAGUCUUCAUGGUUGUUGAAUACGUCAAAGGAGGUGAACUUUUCGCCAAAGUCGCCAAAGGUAAAAUGGAAGAAAAUAUUGCCAGAAAGUAUUUUCAACAAUUGAUCAGUGCUGUAGAUUUCUGUCAUAGUCGGGGAGUUACACACCGUGAUCUUAAACCCGAGAAUCUUCUUUUGGAUGAAAAUGAAGAUCUUAAGGUAUCUGAUUUUGGUUUAUCAGCAUUACCUGAUCAACGUAGAUCCGAUGGAAUGCUUCUCACACCUUGUGGGACUCCUGCUUAUGUUGCACCUGAAGUUUUGAAGAAGAUUGGUUAUGAUGGAUCAAAAGCUGAUAUUUGGUCUUGUGGUGUUAUUCUUUUUGCUUUGCUUUGUGGAUAUUUGCCCUUUCAAGGUGAGAAUGUUAUGAGGAUUUAUAGCAAAUCUUUUAAAGCUGAUUAUGUUUUACCAGAAUGGAUUUCACCGGGUGCUAAGAAAUUGAUUUCUAAUUUGCUUGUUGUUGAUCCUGAAAAGAGGUUUUCAAUUCCUGAUAUUAUGAAAGAUCCUUGGUUUCAAAUUGGAUUUAUGAGACCUAUUGCUUUUUCAAUGAAAGAAUCUGCUGUGGAUGAUAACAUUGAUUUCAGUGGAGAUGAUGAAGGGAAUGGUGAUGGAAAUUCUGUUGAGGUUGUGGGUGUAACUGGAACAAAACAUUCUCGUAGACCAUCCUACAAUGCAUUUGAGAUAAUUUCAUCUUUAUCACAUGGAUUUGAUCUAAGGAAUUUGUUUGAGACGAGGAAGAGAUCGCCUUCGAUGUUUAUAUCCAAGUUGUCUGCUUCUGCGGUGGUGGGGAAGCUGGAGAAUGUGGCGAAGAAGCUUAAUUUGAGGGUAACGGGGAAGAAGGAUUUCAUGGUGAGAAUGCAGGGGACAACAGAGGGGAGGAAGGGGAAAUUGGGUAUGACGGUGGAGGUGUUUGAGGUCGCACCGGAGGUGGCAGUGGUAGAGUUUUCUAAGUCAGCUGGAGACACACUUGAGUAUGUAAAGUUCUGUGAAGAUGAAGUUAGACCUUCUCUCAAAGACAUUGUGUGGAGCUGGCAGGGUGAUACUCAAUACUAAUGCUGCUUUAUCUUCUUUGUAUUCAUAUCAUUAAUUUUCAUUUUUACAUGCUAGAAAUAUCACAGACACAGCGUAGCUGUUUCCAUUAGUAUUAUUCAUUUAGAUUGUAUUACCAGAUUGAUAACUGUGUGAUAUUUCAAUUUCAAUUUGAGUUUGUGAAUUAUGGAUUAUUUGCUUGUUUUUGUUUUUUAUUACAGUAGUUUUGUUUUGUUAUUAUGA